GUUCUGUUAGUAGCCUUGAUGCACGUUUCUUUUUUCUUUGCACCAGUGGCUUUCUUUGAAUCUUUCAUGAAGGGGUUUUAAAGAGGGUACAAACACGCUUUCUGUGGAUUAGAUUUCCCCUGUCACCACCUAUUUCAAGCAAUUCUUGUUUGUUCGUUUGUUUGCUUGUUUUUUUCCCCUUCAAUUUACUUUUGGGGGAACGUGUUUUCUUGAAAGGUUGUGAAUUGAAAAGAUCCAUGCUGAUUUCUAUACAUAACUCAAUUUAAAACGCUCUGUGGCAAUACAAAUGGGAAGCCUUGCUGGGAGUAUUUUUUGUCUGCAUGUGCUGAAGGCACUUUAAAUACAUCACUUUAGUCUGUACAGUCAUUUUGCAGAAAAUUUUCUCUGAAAGGUAACAGUUGUUCCUGCAUCAGUUUUGCUUGAGCUCAUUGAAGACAGAGAUGUAGUAAUCUGGAGCGAUGAAACCUGUUGGCAUUGUAAAGGAACUGCUCGAGUGUUUGACUUGGCUUACUAGCAAUGAUUCAAGUGUUGCAGAUUGUGAAGGAGCUGGUGUCGCCGGCAAGACGUAGAACAGAUGCUGUGAAGAAAGACUCUGAUGCUGAGCAGGAUGCUGCUAUCAAACUUGUCCAAGAGCGAGCAGAGAUAGUCGCCAAGUAUGACAGGGGACGAGAGGGUGCACAGAUUGAACCCUGGGAAGAUGCUGACUACCAUCUUUACAAAGUCACAGAUAGAUUUGGUUUUCUACAUUCAGAGGAACUUCCUAUCCACGAUGCAGCAAUAGAAAAGCAAAAGCACCUUGAAAUUGAAAGAACCACAAAAUGGCUGAAAAUGCUGAAAAGCUGGGAGAAAUACAAGAACAGUGAGAAGUUUCAUAGGAGAAUUUAUAAAGGAAUCCCACUACAGCUCAGAGGUCAAGUCUGGUCUUUACUACUUGAUGUUCCUAAAAUGAAAGAAGAAAUGAAAGACUUUUAUAAUAAAUUGAAAUAUCGAGCACGAGGGUCUUCACCGGAUAUCAGACAGAUCGAUCUUGAUGUAAAUCGGACAUACAGAGAUCAUAUCAUGUUUAGAGACAGAUAUGGUGUUAAGCAACAGGCUUUAUUCCAUGUUUUAGCAGCAUAUUCUAUAUAUAACACGGAGGUUGGAUACUGUCAGGGAAUGAGCCAGAUCACAGCUUUACUCCUUAUGUAUAUGAAUGAAGAAGAUGCCUUCUGGGCCCUGGUGAAGUUGCUUUCGGGUCCUAAGCAUGCUAUGCAUGGGUUUUUUGUUCCUGGCUUUCCGAAACUGUUGCGGUUCCAAGAGCAUCAUGACAAAAUAUUGAAGAAGUUUUUGUCAAAGCUUAAGCAACAUUUGGAUGCCCAAGAGAUCUCCACAAGCUUCUACACAACUAAGUGGUUUUUUCAGUGUUUCCUUGAUCGCACUCCUUUUACAUUAAACCUCAGGAUAUGGGAUAUCUACAUACUGGAAGGAGAGCGUGUGCUGACUGCUAUGUCUUACACAAUUCUGAAACUGCACAAGAAACAUCUGAUGAAAUUACAAAUGGAAGAACUUGUAGAAUUUCUUCAGGACACUCUAGCCAAGGACUUCUUCUGUGAAGAUGACGUUGUAAUAGAGCAGCUUCAAAAUUCGAUGUCAGAACUGAAACGAGCAAAGUUAGACCUACCAGCUGCUGGUAAAGAUGAUGAAUUUCCCAAGAAGCCUUUGGGACAAAUUCCACCAGACCCACAGCCUGGCGUGCUUAACCUUACUCACAUGCUUAAUGGACAGAACAAUACUGGUACACAGGCAGCACAGAAGACGGAGAGAAAACCGUCUUCUGAAGAAGUUCAAGCAAAUUCACCAAAUAACAGGAGAAGAAUUAAUUCCCUGGAGAAGAGGCCUUCAUUCAAACACCAGAAGUCUGGGCCCCUGGAUACACGGAGUGGGAACUCCAAGAAUGAUAUAGAUAUCAGAAAAAAGCCUCAGCCAACAGCACAAGACACUUCCAGGCAAUACAAUAAUGCAGCUGCUAACCAAAAUUCUAAUGCUACUUCAAACCCAAGAAGGGAAUUUGUACCUAAGUGGAAUAAACCAUCAGAGAUCAAAGUUAUUGAAAAGACUGCCAGAUUUAAUACUGAGGUCAAAGGUAGAACAAUAAUCCAUUCUGUUUCAGGCAUGCCACCGAGUCCCGGAGAACCACAGCCAUUGAAUGUAAAGCAAAAGAAGAGGGUUUUGGAUGUUGAUGAAGGUAAGCGAGGGUCUAAUGCGUCACAGUAUGACAAUGUUCUAGAUGUUGACCAUGAGAAUGAGAAUCUUGCUGAGGAAGAGCUAGAGAGAGCUCACGUGCAAAGUCCCAGGAAUGUAAUGUACUCUAAUUCUCCUAGAAAACAAGUGGAAAAAAUCCCUAGUCCGCUAAAAAUACCCAGCAAUUAUGCCUUCAAUUCACAACCGAGAACCCCACGUUAUUCAUCUCAAUCUGAUGGGUCAAGUCAUGGAUUGAAUGUAAAACCACCGCUGCCAUCUUAUAAUAACCCACCUACUUACCAUGGAAACUCUCCAAAGCAUGCCUCCAAUAUAAUGAAUUCUGGUUUUAUACCUCCUCAGUAUAAUCAUGGGAAUCGAACCAGCCCUUCUAGUAGACCAUAUGGUUCUGUCUUUUCAACAGAGUUUUUUCCUGAUAAACCACAUAUGAACUCUUAUCCUGCCAAUCACCAAAAUCCUCUGUCUCCAGCCCCUAAUAGAAUAGAAGUUCUGCCUUUUGAUGCCUAUCCCAGCAACUCUAGAUCACCUACCAGCGUCAAAUUCAUAAUUCCUCCAGUGGAUUAUUCCAGCAGAAUGUGGCCAGAUGCUCCUUAUGUGCACAGACAUGAAACAUACAGGCAGCCUUGGAACCAAGAUGCUAACCGAAGCCACUUGGAUAACUUACAGAAAUAUCCAUCCUUUCAGACAGCACCUCUUCAUGACCAUAAUCUUCCAACUGUUUCCGUGGAUGGUUCAAUAAGAUGCAGAACUUCACCAACCUUGGAAGAAUAUGGUUCACCACAAUAUCAAUAUUCAAGCCCGUCACCCCAUGUCCAGCCCCACAGAAGCCGAAGCGAUGGGUUGUCUAUGCAUGAAUCAAUACUUCUGUGAGAACUAAAUCUAUGUUAACUGAAAAAGACAGGAACCAAAAACACUAAAGAUAUAUUGCUGUGUUUAUAAUUAUCCAGAUCAGUAUUUUAUACAGAAUUUGGACAGUUCGUGCAAGUCUCUGAGAAAUAAGAAAUCUAUUUCAGAGCAGUUUCACAGUUUGCCUGGAGACUAGUUGAGCGCUUAAACCUGCAUUGAGCCCAUUGCAAGGGAUCUAAUGCAGAUAAACAUAGCAAUAGUGUCAUAUGCAUAAUGUGGCUGAUACUACCAUUGUUUCUUAAAUUGAAGUAACUUGCGUAGAGAAAUGAUCUAUCUGCCUAACACAUGUAACACAUUUUCAAGCUGUAGUUUGACAUUACAAUGCACUGUAUAAGUAUAUGUGUGCGCUUGUAUGCAUAAACUUUAUGUGUAUAUAUAUAUAUAUAUAUAUAUAUACACAUAUAUAUAUGUGGAGAAGACCUAAAGAGUUCUCCAUAUAUAUAUAUAUAUAUAUGGAGAAGAAAUGAAGAGUUUAAAAUGUAGAUGCAUUUACUCUUGGGCUAAAUUUGAAGUAUUUUUUCAGUUUAAUUAUUUUAUGUGUAAUUUAUUUGAUAAAUGAUCCCAUUCAUUUUGAAUGGGCUCUUCCUGUUAUUCAGGUAUCAACUGCCUCAGUAACCCAGAAUCUGAUCUAAGUUGGAGAGAUACUUUGGGAUUAUUAAUGUAUUCUUACCUGGGAUGAUAUUGCCCAGCUGAUCUCCUCUCCUUUUGGCUACUGACUUGCCUUUUCUAUAAGAAAAUGGAACAGGCAGACAAAAAACCAUGAAGCCAAAAAUGGUGUCUGAUCUGGCUAACAAUGGUGCUUUAAAAUCGGGGGUGUCUAUAAGGAUAGCAUGUCUCUAGGGGAAGGGUGAACUUUUAGCACAGAUUUUGUACCUUUGCACCCAAAUCCAGUUUCACAAUGUGAUGCUUUGUGUCCCUUUUGAAGUCCUCCAAAGUGUUUGAGCACAACAGGCAAAGUGCCAGAUGCAGAAGUAAUCCUGCAUUCUUGGCAUGAUGCUCAUGCCAAGGAGUCAGACUUAGGAAGUCAGUUGUAGGGUACACUACUGGAUUGCCAAAUAGUCCUCUUACAGGUACAAAAAAUUGCCAGCCCCUUGACGUGCUAGGAGUAAGACAUGCAGCCCUCUUAAGCUCUGUCAUGUCAGUACCUUAUUAUGUUUUGCCCUCCUUUUUCCAAAGAGCCAGUAGGCUCAUGUCCAUGGCUGGGCAAAUGCUUCUGCACCGUUAGGCUGUUGAGAAAAAUUUGUGUAAUGUCUUAUACUAAAGUAACCCAGACUGUUAAUAGGAAUUUUCCUAGAUUCCUUGUCAUUUAAAUGUCACUGGUUAGUGCUUGCAGCCUUUUGUAACUACCUUUCCUUUUGUUUUCAUCCACUGUGAAAUGAAAAAGCGGCAUUCUUAGGGUGCAAUCCUCUGAGCUGCUGAACGUCAUGUGGAAGGUGCUGAGCACUCAUUGAAGCUAAUGGGAGUGAAAGGUUGUAAGAGCCUGGCGAGUUUGAGCCCUUGCAGGCUCUGAACAGAAGAGAUUUCUAACUCUUAAAUACCAAAACAGCAGCAUCACAAUCAGGCUGGGUGUUGGGGAGGUGUUUUGAAAGGUUUGUUAGCAGUCUACACUGAACGCAACAUUGAACACUAGAAAACAUAACUUUUUUUUUCUUUAAAGAUUGAGCUUUAGUGCCUAUUCUUGCUGCAGGUUGGCUCUCUAAGUUUUAAGGUACAGAAGUAAUUUUUUUUUAAUGAAAGUAAUCUUUAGUUAGGAUAUUUCACAAACUUUUUUGUGUAUAUAAGGAGCCUGAUGUAAUUUUUAAUAAACUGGGCAAUUUUAUAUUUAAAAAAUAAUUGCAGAUUGCAGUGAAAUAACAGUAGCAAAGCACUACACUGAAACUCUAAAAUUGAAAUUGUGAUGCUAAAUAUUAUUUGGGCUUACCUUAGUUCUGAUUGCUUAUAGCAGCUAAGAAAUGUCUGUAUAUAUUAAUAUGGCUAAGCAUAAUAAUCCCAAAGUUUAACCAUGGUUCUGUGAUACAUUAUAAAUAAAGCUGUACAAUUUACUUUGUGCAAGCAGCACAAGGCUGCUCCAAAAUAUGUAUCAUCACUAGUAAAUACUGUAGAUUUUUUUUAUAUAUAAAAUAUAUGCACACUAUUUUCUUACGUCAUCUGCAACAGUUUUAUAACUGUGUAUCCUAUUUUGAUGUGACCAUAUUUUUAACAUGUUAAAUAAUAAUAAUUAAGUCUU